UCUCACAAAAAAAUCAAGAGUUUCAAUAAAUAGGUUUCUCACACAAGCACAGUAAAGAAGGUCAUAAAUUUUGAAAACCAUUCAUCACAGCAAAAAUCAAACACAACCAUAACCAAACAACAUKGCAGAACAAAGAACAGUGACGGAUGCCUCCACCAAAGCGAUCGAAAAGGCACUAGUUUUGGCCAGAGACAACGGGCAUUCGACAGCAGAUCCCAUGCAUUUAGCAGCAGUCCUCUUCAAUGGCGACGAUUCAAUUGGUGCUCGAGUUUGCUCAAAGGCACAUGGAGCUUCCGAUGUAACACUCAUUCGACGAAACUUGCAAAAAUUGUUGCUCAAACGACCUUCACAAUCACCAGCACCGCUCGAAGCGACACCAUCACACGCCCUCGCACAACUUCUAAAUAGAGCGAAAAAAGCAGCGGCAGCCAACGGAGAUGCUUUGAUUGCUUUGGACCAUCUGUUGAUACAAAUAUUCGAAGAGAGGGAACUGAAGAAGGCAAUCGAGACAGAAUCAGGCCUGACUAAGAAGGCGGCUCAAGCAGCAGUUGACGAAAUUCGCGGGAAAAAAAAAGUGACCUCGGCAUCGGCUGAAGAUCAAUACGAAGCAUUGCAAAAAUAUGGCAUAGAUUUAGUGAAAUCUGCAGAAGAAGGUAAACUAGAUCCGGUGAUCGGACGAGAUGAAGAGAUUCGAAGAAUGGUGCAAAUCCUAUCAAGACGAACAAAAAACAACCCAGUGUUGGUAGGCGAGCCAGGAACUGGCAAGACGGCAAUUGUCGAAGGCUUGGCUCGAAGAAUUUUGGAAGGCGAUGUUCCCGAGACGCUGAAAGGAGUGAGCGUGCGCACCUUAGAUUUUGGAGCAUUAGUAGCUGGUGCUAAGUUCCGCGGAGAGUUCGAAGAACGGUUGCGAGCUGUUUUGGACGAAGUCAAGAGUGCUGAAGGAAAGAUGCUUGUCUUCGUUGACGAAAUCCAUUUAGUACUUGGAGCUGGCAAGACAGAUGGGGCGAUGGACGCUGCCAAUUUGCUGAAGCCGAUGUUAGCGCGCGGUGAGCUACGUAUGAUAGGUGCCACGACUAACGACGAAUACCGGAAGCACAUCGAAAAGGAUACUGCUUUCGAAAGACGAUUUCAAAAAGUGAUAGUCAACGAACCAAAUGUAGAAAACACCAUUUCGAUGCUUCGCGGGCUCGUAGGCAGGUAUGAAGCACAUCAUGGCGUGAGAAUUGCCGAUGCCUCACUUGUUACCGCCGCUGAGCUUUCAAACAAGUAUAUUACGAGCAGAUUUAAUCCAGACAAAAGCAUUGAUUUGAUGGACGAAGCCGCCGCCACCAAGCGCACCGCGUUGGACAGCAGACCCGAACAGAUUGAUCAGCUUCAACGACGCAUUCUGCAACUAGAGAUAGAAACGACGGCUCUAAAACGUGAAAAAGAUAAAAAAUCAAGAAAGCGAGAGAAGGAACUUCAAGAGGAAAUAUCCAACCUGAAGGAAGAAGUUGCUCCCCUUAACGCAAAGUGGGAGGCAGAACGUGGUCGGGCCGAUGAACUGAAGGAAAGCAAAACAAAACUUGAUGCUUUGGAAGCCAAGCUCUUGCAAGCCGAACGUGUCGGUGACUACGUAAAAGCUGCCGACUUAAAACACGGUGCAAUUCCGGAUCUAAAGGAUCAUUUAGCCAAUAUUGAACGGGAAGAGGCGGAGCGAAGAAAAAACAGGAACAAAGAUGACGACGAUGGGAGUAUUAUGGACGAGGUUGUUACCCCUGAAGACAUCGCGGGAGUCAUCUCUCGUUGGACGGGAAUUCCGGUUUCAAAAUUGAGCCAGACAGACCGAGAACGCCUGCUACGAUUGGACCAACGCCUACAACAAAGAGUCGUAGGGCAAAAUCCAGCUAUCAAAGAGGUGACGGAUGCUAUUCUUCGUUCGAAGGCUGGCUUGUCGCGAGAAGGUCAACCAACCGGGAGCUUUCUUUUCCUAGGACCCACCGGAGUUGGAAAAACAGAAUUGAGCAAAGCACUUUUUUCGGAGCUCUAUGAUGGUGACGAGCGACACCUAAUUCGCAUCGAUAUGAGUGAAUACCAAGAACAACAUUCCGUUGCAAGACUUAUUGGUGCACCGCCUGGUUAUGUUGGACAUGAUGACGGUGGUCAGCUGACUGAGGCUGUUCGCAAAAAACCGUAUACUGUAGUUCUUCUUGACGAGGUGGAGAAGGCGCAUCCGAAGGUGCUGACUAUACUUUUACAGGUAUUGGAUGAAGGGAGACUCACAGACUCAAAGGGACGGACUGUCGAUUUCACUAACACAGUGAUAAUUUUGACGAGCAAUAUCGGGGCAGAAUCUUUACUUGUGCUCACCGAGAAUUCACAAGAGCACGAGGUUGAAGCCGCACAUGAUAAAGUUAUGGAAAAAGUCAGAUACUCAUUUGCCCCCGAAUUUUUGAAUCGUCUAUCUGCCAUUGUGAUGUUCAAUUCUCUGGGCAUUAAACAGCUAGAGAAAGUUCUCCACAAAUCAAUGAAAGGCGUCAAACGCCGCCUUGCAUCGAGAGGCAUAAAAAUUGAGUUGGAAAGGAGUGGAGUGCAAGCUAUUCUUGAGGCAUCCUACACUCCAAGCUUCGGUGCGCGUCCUGUUGAAAGAUAUUUAGAGGCUACGGUAGUUACCAAACUUAGUCGCAUGCUUAUUAGCGGUGAACUGACAAGCGGCACUAUCGUUCACAUCGAAGGUAAAGAAAUGACACAAAGUGAAGAAUCCGAACAUGGCCGAAUCGCAAAAAGAUCUCGGAACGGCCAUCACCUAUAUUACCGAUUAGAGAACGCUGAUUAUGAUAAUGAAGUCAAAAAUGAUUUCGAAAUGAUAGACGCCAACGACUCAGAAAUGGAAUUGAUGUCAACUCAACUCAAUUAAAUUAAACAUUUAUUUAUCGA